UUAUAGAAACAGUAUAUUUUUAGCCCCGUUCUUAGCUCCUUAACUGAUCAUCAAUUGUUUUGCACUAUUUCAUAUGUCUUUUCUUACAAGAUGUCCAGCGUUAUAAAUGGUCAACACCUGUCUAUAGAUUCCGAGUACAUUAGCCAAUCACUGACAACACAACACUCUCCUUCACCAGAGGCUAAUCUUGCAGGUGCUGUUAGAGAAUAUGCCGAACUUGAUUUCGAAGAUUCCAUAAGUUUUAGUAUUGCAGACAGGGCACAGCAACACAGGCCGUUACUAGAGCAAAAUGAUGAAGCUUUAGAUGAAUAUGACGACUUGGAACAGAAGCAGUACAGAUUACCCUCUGAAGGAGGUAGCAUAUUCACUAGCUUUUUUAGCUCAAUAUGGCCAACAGCAUUAUAGGGGCUGGUAUUAUUGGAUUACCAUUUGCAUUUAAAGAAGCAGGCUUUUGGAUAGGACUUUUUCUCUUGAUUGCUUUAACAAUCAUAGUUGACUGGACAGUGCGAUUAUUGAUCCAUAAUGGAAAGUUAUCAGGAACUUCCACCUAUCAGGACCUUAUGGAAUUUACAUUUGGCAAACCAGGUUUAAUAGCCAUCUCCAUUUUUCAAUUUGCCUUUGCAUUUGGUGGAAUGGCUGCGUAUUGUGUAAUUAUAGGUGACACAAUUCCUCACGUCAUCCGAUCAUUAUUCCCCAAGAUUGAUCAAGUACCUCUGCUCUGGAUGCUUGCCGAUCGCAACCUCUGCAUAUCAUUCUUUACCUUAUUUGUAUCAUACCCCCUCUCUCUUUACAGGGACAUUUCAAAACUAGCAAAGACGAGUGCUUUAGCUCUAGUCGCAAUUAUCAUUAUCAUCAUUGCUGUGGCAAUUGAAGGGCCGCAAAUGCCAAGUAGCAUCCGAGGAUCUAGCGCAUUAAGAUUUAAUAUAAUAAAUAAUGAAGCAUUUCAGGCAAUUGCUGUCAUGAGCUUUGCAUUUGUUUGUCAUCAUAAUAGUUUCUUGAUAUUUGGGUCACUAAGACAACCAUCGCUCAAUCGAUUUGCUUUGGUAACUCAUUGGAGUAUGGGUAUUGCUUUUUUUACAUGCCUGCUCUUGGCUGUGUCUGGUUACUGGGCUUUUACAGAUAAAACAGUGGGCAAUAUCCUAAACAAUUUUCCUUCAGACAAUAUACUCAUUAAUGUAGCAAGAUUAUCUUUUGGUUUAAACAUGUUUACUACUAUUCCUCUUGAAGCCUUUGUAUGCCGAGAGGUUUUAGAAACAUAUUUUUGGCCAUCAGCCAAGUUUGAUAAAAUGCGACACUUUUUCAUCACAAGCGUACUUAUACUGACAACAGUGGCCAUAUCCUUACUUACAUGUAAUCUCGGUAUAGUCUUAGAACUCACCGGAGCGUUUUCCGCUACUGUCCUUGCCUUUGUUCUCCCGCCUUUGUGUUUCUUGAAACUAUCUAAUGGACCGCUUUUUCACAGUUCAAAGAUCUGUCACUGGGCAUGUACGAUAUUUGGGCUGAUCAUCAUGUUUAUUAGUACAUUUUAUAGCAUCCGUAAAGCUCUAUUACCUUCUUCUUCAACAAGCAACCCUGAAGUGUGUGACUAAUGCCUUAUCCAAACGGGGGUAGCAUAAAUGAAAGUGGGAGUAAACAAGUAAUCGCUACGUCUAUACACUUGGAUGUAAAGUCCCCCCGUAUCCAUAAGUAGAUGUAGCUACUUGCACAUGUCUAUAAAUAAAAAAGUGUAUACAAAGAUUUCCUGCUUUUUUUUUAUUGAAAAUGGAAAAAGACUUUA